CAUGACACAUUGGCACCGCCAUAUUGUUCCCCUGCUGGGGACGUUUCGUGUGUUAACCAAUGAUGCUGGAAUGGAAUGUAAUUUAACUCGAAUGGACACUUGUUUCAGCUGAAUUUUGGCGGAUCUUGCCGUUUUUUUUGCCUUGACAUUGAUUUCUUUACCUUCUUUGAGAUAGGCAACCCCCAAACGUCCCAGCUGACAUGGCUCUUAAAAAGGUGAAGGGGAGUUUGGAGCGCGUUUUCGACAAGAACUUGCAAGAUUUGGUGCGAGGGAUUCGCAGUAACAAGGAUAAUGAGGCCAAGUACAUAGCAUCAUGUAUCGACGACAUCAAACAAGAGCUGAGGCAGGAGAACAUCGCAGUCAAAGCAAAUGCAGUGUCCAAACUCUAUUAUUUACAAAUGCUUGGUUAUGACAUCAGUUGGGCAGCAUUCAACAUCAUAGAGGUCAUGAGUUCCUCAAAGUUUACCUUCAAGAGAAUUGGCUACCUAGCUGCAUCACAGUGCUUCCAUGAGGGGACUGAUGUACUCAUGCUCACUACAAACAUGAUUAGAAAGGAUCUUGGCAGCAAACAAAUGUACGACACCGGUUGUGCACUCAGCAGUCUGUCGUGUUUCUUGACCUCCGAAAUGGCCAGUGACCUGGCCAAUGACAUAAUGGGUCUGAUGGCUUCCACAAGACCAUACAUCAGGAAAAAAGCAGUGCUUCUUAUGUAUAAAAUAUUCCUCAAGUUCCCUGAAGCUCUGCGGCCAGCCUUCCCACGGUUAAAGGACAAACUGGAGGACCCAGAUCCAGGUGUCCAGUCUGCUGCUGUCAAUGUCAUAUGUGAGCUGGCAAGAAAGAACCCCAAGAAUUAUCUGUCAUUGGCACCACUGUUCUUCAAGCUCAUGACCAGCUCCACAAACAACUGGAUGUUGAUCAAGAUCAUUAAACUGUUUGGAGCUUUGACACCUCUGGAGCCAAGACUAGGCAAGAAGUUACUGGAACCUCUCACCAAUCUCAUUCACAGUACAUCGGCUAUGUCGCUGCUCUAUGAAUGCAUCAACACUGUCAUUUCAGUUUUGAUUUCGUUAUCUUCAGGAAUGCCUGACCACUCAGCAUCAAUACAGCUCUGUGUUCAAAAGCUGUGUAUUCUCAUAGAGGACUCGGACCAGAAUUUGAAGUACUUGGGUUUGCUUGCCAUGGGUAAAAUUCUUAAGACCCAUCCUAAGUCAGUUCAGAGUCACAAGGAUCUCAUCUUAGACUGCCUAGAUGAUAAAGAUGAAUCCAUCCGCUUACGAGCUUUGGACCUGCUCUAUGGAAUGGUCUCUAAGAAGAAUUUGAUGGAGAUUGUGAAGAAGUUGAUGAUUCAUGUUGACAGAGCAGAAGGCUCGCAAUACCGCGAUGAACUUCUGGCUAAAAUCAUUCAGAUAUGCAGUCAGAACAACUAUCAGUACAUUGUCAACUUUGAAUGGUACGUCAGUAUUCUCGUAGAGCUGACUAGGAUUGAAGGAACGAAGCAUGGUCACCUAAUAGCAUCUCAGAUGUUAGAUGUAGCUAUCCGUGUCAAAGCCAUACGAUCCUUUGCUGUUCAACAAAUGGCCAAGCUUCUUGAGAAUACUAGUCUCUUGGUGGGUUCAGCAGCCCAACUCAACGGCAUAUGUGAGGUGUUGUAUGCUGCUGCUUGGAUUGUUGGAGAGUUCUCCGAUUUUCUGCUGGAGCCACGCUUAACGUUGGAAGCCAUGUUGAGACAAAGAGUGACUAGUCUACCUGGUCACAUACAGAGCAUCUAUGUUCAUAACAUCAUUAAGCUGUACAGUGCAAUACUGAUAAAGCUGGAACCAGAUGGAGACAAAGAGAAGAUCACAGAAGUGACUCAGCUCAUCACAGAAAAACUGCCAGUGUUUGCCGAGAGUGCCAAUUUAGAAGUACAGGAAAGGGCUUGCUGCAUCCUCCAAAUGUUGAAAUAUAUUAACAAGCUGCAAGAGAAAGAUGUGGGUGUUGCCGAAGAGGUCGCUGCCCUCUUUGCUGGAGAGCUCAACCCUGUUGCACCUAAAGCUCAAAAGAAAGUCCCAAUUCCUGAGGGAUUGGAUCUUGACAAGUGGAUCAAUGAGCCACCUUCAGAAAGUUCCGAUGAUGAGGUCACCAUUGACACUAUGUUUGUUCAUGAUGCUCACAGCGGAACAUCUUUAAGAGUCAGUCAGAAGAUGAGGUAUGAAGAGCCAGAUGAGGACGAGUUGCGUCGACGGCGGGAGAUACGGCGUGAAGAACAGGCUAGUAACCCGCACUACCUCAAAGAUAACCGUAAGAAGAAACUGAAGGAUCUUGCUGCUGAGAAUGAUGCAACUGUGGAUGGAAUACCUGUAGCUAAAAUUGAUCUCAACGUACCUCUCCAUGUCCCUGGUUUCAAUGUGACUGACGUGUACAUGAAGAAAUCCAAGACAUCCAAGAAGCAUAAGAAGAAACACAGGAAGGGCAAGCGAGGGCGCCAUGCCUCAGAGUCUAGUGAUGAUAUUCAAGUCGCCCACAAAGUAGACAUAGUGGAAGAGGAGAUGCCCGAGGGAGCCACAUUUUCUGACGAUGAUGAAGAUCAGAGACCACUUGAUGAUCCUCAUCGAGCACUGGACAUUGAUCUGGAUAGGCCCUUGGAUGACCAGGAUAAAAUCCCUGUUCGUGAACAUCGUGUUGUGAAAGCAGGUCUAAAGACAGAAGUGGGUCAGGAAGCAACAGAGAUCAUUGAAGGUGAGAAACCUAAGAAGAAACACCGGAAAGAGAAGGAGCGUAACGAGAAGAAGAGUAAAAAAGACAAGAAGCACAAGAAGAAAUCUAGUGAGGCUGCUGAAGAAGCCCCACCAACAGGUGAGAAGGAGGUUGAUUUGAUGGCUGGGAUGGAGGAGGAAGUUGCUGAAGAGUCUCCUGAGACAAAUGGGCAAGUUAAAGAUGCAGCGAUACCAACCGAUUCAGUUGGAGCAGAGGCUAAGCCAGAAGUGGCAAAGGAUGAUCUGACUUUCUGGUUGACCAAGGCAGAUUCAGCUACACCAACUGUCUCAACUGUUGUUGAGGAUGCACCUGAAGGUGUCAGUGAAUCACCAGCUGAUGGGAAGCACAAGAAACAUCACAAGAAAGAGAAGAAAACGAGGAAAGAGAAGGAAAAGAAGAAAAAGAAGCGAUCUCACAAAGGUCACCAUGACGAGGAGGAAGCAGAGGGUGAUGAGAUAAGGACGGAAGAACAGAUGGAGAAUGGAACACCGCAAGAAAACACUCCAGAAAUUGUUAUACCACAAAUGUCCAGUUACAGGCUCUUAGCAGAAAAUAGUUCCAUUAAAAUGACGUAUGAAAUAAGGGUAGAUCAGAAAAUGCCAAAUCAAGUUGUGGUGUCUGUAAUCUUCAAUAAUCUCACAUCCGCCCAUGUCAAAUCAUUGGACUUCAAUGUUUUAGAUUCUCUCAACACCAGGCUGAUACGAGGGGACUCAACAAGUCAGCAUGAAGGAGUCAAGGUACCAUUCCAACUGCCGCCAGGCAUGGCCAAUGAGGGUCAGUUUGCAUUCACAGUUAAGAGCAUUACAAUGACACAGAAGCUACGUGGAACAUUGACUUACAUGUUAAAGGAUGAAGCAGGUGCUACGAGUGAGAAGAUUGAUUUUAAAGUGCACCUUCCUGUAUCUGCUUACUUGGUGCCGAAGCAGUGUUCAAGUACUGAAUAUGCUGAGCUCUUGAGUGGAGGGGAAUUGACCAGCAAACAGUCCAUAACCACCCCCAAUGUGGAAAUGGACUUUUCCAUCAUCCUUGCCAGAGCAUGUUUCUUUGGGCAUCUUUCACUUGUUGAGAGGGUAGAUACAACAGCUUCACUGUAUGGCUUGUCAAUACAGGGGCAUCACGUCUGCUUACUGCUCAAAGCAAUGCCAAACAAAAGUAUCUCAGUGGAUGGCAAAAGUUCUGAUUCCAGUCUGCUGUCGUCAUUCCUUGAGGAGGUCAAGACAUUCCUGACAGAGACAUGAAAUGCUGUCAAUGAAGUAUGAACUUGUAAAUGAAACUAUGUUUAUCAUGUCAUACUGAUCUCUGUCAUGUAAACAUUAUCUUCACCCAUACUAAGUACUGUGGCCUUAUUGAGACCAUUAUCCUGCUUUGUGGGAAUGCAAAAUGAAUACUUGUGAUGGAGCUUUAUCGACAGGUAUCUCACAAAAUAUGCACAAUUUUCUGUGAUCCAAGGAUUUUAUGUGGCCACGUGAGGCACAAAUUGAUCGAUUUCUUCAGGGGGAAAAGGAAGUAAACCUUUUGUGCAUCCAUUGUUACAAAAUUAAAACAAACAUGAAGUUGUUUUAUAUCCACUUUGCAUAAAACCUGGAAUAUAUGAUUACUUCAAAAACUCACUUUGCAUUUCAGCAAUUUAGAAGAUGGUCUCUAUGCUAUCAAACCAGUCACAGCUCCAUUCAUUAUAAAGUAAAUGAAGCUAAUGUGUUCAUUGUUUUGAUUUUCAAGACGUAAUGGAAGUGUAAAGACUGGUUAGAUAACGAACAGUGCUUGAAUGUAUCAAUGUUAAUAGAUAUAUGUUACAUAUGUGUAUACCUAAAGUGGUAAUUCCAAAGACGUUUUGGAUACAAUGAUGUAGAAAUUAUAAGAUACAGGAGUGGGUCAUUUCCUUUAUUGUUCUCAAUGUAAGGAAUCUGAGUUCAGAGAGGAUUAGCCAACAAAUUGCUACAGUUUAAGGCAUCCGAUAGGUGAUGUAUACGCAACUCGCUGUCCAAUAUGUAAGGGUAUGGUACAUGUGUCUGGCUUGCCUCAUGCCAAUAAGCCUUUGCAAGUUAUAUUUGAAUAAAAUCUGGUACACUGAGUUAUCUGAUUGCACAUAAACAUAACAAUUUGAGUUCCCAAGACUAA